AUGAUUGAAAUAACCGUGAAUGACCGACUGGGCAAGAAAGUGCGUAUCAAGUGUAAUCCUACUGACACGAUCGGGGAUCUGAAGAAGUUGAUUGCUGCUCAGACAGGAACUAGGUACGAGAAAAUUGUCCUCAAGAAGUGGUACACGAUAUACAAGGAUCACAUCACGCUCCAAGACUAUGAAAUUCAUGAAGGAUUCAAUUUCGAGUUAUACUACCAGUAA